AGAUUUCCGAAGCUCGACGAAAAAGCCCUUUGCUGGCUUCUUGAAAUGGAGCCAGUGCCAAAGCCCAUAAAACCACUACUCCUUGAAGAGACCUGGCGAUGGUACGGCCCCAACGAUCCAGUGACGUUGGAGGAUGUGAAGCAAGCGGGCGCAUCUGGCAUUGUCACAGCACUCCAUCAGGUACCAAUUGGAGAGGUUUGGUCUGAAGAAGCUAUCAUGGAGAGAAAGAAAUUGUUGGAGUUGCAUGGCUUUACUUGGUCAGUGGUGGAGUCUGUGCCUGUCCACGAGAGCAUCAAAUUGGGCAAAGCUGAGCGAGAGCAAUACAUCCAGGCGUACAAACAGACGGUGCGAAACCUGGGCAAGUGUGGUGUUCACAGGAUUUGCUACAACUUCAUGCCAGUCUUAGAUUGGACCCGCACUGACCUGACUCGACGAUGGCCAGAUGGCUCGGAAGCAUUGGCUUACGAUGCAGACGAUUUGGCAGCCUUUGAUCUCUUCAUAUUGAAGCGUGACGGAGCAGAGAAAGAAUAUGAAGCUGCAGCUUUCUCGAGGGCAAAAGCGAUCUUUGAGAAAAUGACAGAGAAAGAAAAGGAGACUCUUCAACAAAACAUCAUUGCUGGCUUGCCUGGCCGGAUGGUGGAAGCCUACACAGUGCAAGAGUUUAGACAAGCUGUUGCUCAAUACAAGGAUGUUUCGCCGGCCCAGAUUCGAGAGAACCUUGCGUAUUUUUUGAAAAGCAUCAUUCCCGUGUGUGAGGAAGCUGGGGUCUACAUGGCCAUCCAUCCAGACGACCCGCCCCGUCCAAUUCUUGGCCUCCCUCCUGCCUGUUCAACUCGUGAUGAUGUGGCUGCUCUCUUGAAGGCAGCAGACUCGAAGCACAAUGGUAUCACACUCUGUGUUGGAACCUAUGCUUCUUCGCCUCAGAACAAGGUGGAAGAGAUGGCAAAGGAGUUUGCUUCACGUACGCAUUUUGUGCACUUGAGAAACGUGACGAAGGAAAUGCCUCCGGCGCCAGAGACUGGGCUUGGACCUGCAGGAUGUACCUUCACUGAGUCCGAUCACCUGGGUGGUGACGUUGACAUGUAUUCCAUCAUGCUGACGAUGCUCCAAGAAAAGCAGCGCCGAAAGGCAGAAGGCUGGGGAGUCAUGUCAGAGAUCCCUUUCCGACCGGACCACGGACACAAGAUGGUGGACGACAUGAAGCUCUUCUUAUUAUGCUCGUUUGGUGUUUUGCAAGGGGCACUGAGCACUCCUUGGCGAACUCAGUGCAUAUGAAGCUAUGCCUUGGAGUGGAAGGGAAAGAAGAUAAAUCCUGGCUACACUUGCAUUGGCCGUUUGCGGGGCCUUGCGGAGCUUCGGGGUCUUCAGCUUGGAAUUGCAUCAGCUGGCAUGGUGAAGGAGCCAGGUUCAAAAAAAACAAAGAACCGAGUGAGAUGGGCCUCGGGUCACGAAGAAAUCACUGUUCUUGCAAUUCUGUGUCUGUAUUCUUUUAACAUCACGCAAAUUCGCGCAUGUCCGGCCAAGCCGAAGAAUGUGGUUUUGGCACAGACUCUUUUGACUCUUUUGCAUAGACUGACCGAGUUUGCACG